AUGGUGGACAUCCUCCUCCCGCGGCCGCUCCCGGGCGCCAUGGGGGAGCCCUCCAAGAGGCGGCCGGGGCUGGCCCUGUGCGCAGGCUGCGGGGGCCGUAUCCAGGACCCCUUCCUGCUGCGAGUGUCUCCGGACCUGGAGUGGCACGUCGCCUGCCUCAAGUGCGCCGAGUGCGGGCAGCCCCUGGAUGAGACCUGCACAUGCUUCCUGCGCGACGGCAAGGCCUACUGCAAACGAGAUUACAGCAGGCUCUUCGGCAUCAAGUGCGCCCAGUGCCGGGCGGCGUUCAGCAGCAGCGACCUGGUGAUGCGCGCCCGCGACCACGUCUACCACCUGGAGUGCUUCCGCUGCGCCGCCUGCGGCCGCCAGCUCCUGCCCGGCGACCAGUUCUGUCUGCGGGAGCGCGACCUGCUCUGCCGCGCCGACCACGGCUCGCCCCCCGACGGCGCCGCCGCCCGCGGACCGCGCAGCCCCGCGCUGCCGCCGGCCACCGCCACGCACCUCGCAGAGCCGGUGCCCGGGAGGCCGCCCGCCCCGCGGCCGCCGGCGCACAAGGCGGUGGAGAAGACCACCCGCGUGCGGACGGUGCUGAACGAGAAGCAGCUGCACACGCUGCGGACCUGCUACGCCGCCAACCCGCGCCCCGACGCCCUGAUGAAGGAGCAGCUUGUGGAAAUGACGGGGCUCAGUCCCCGCGUCAUCCGCGUCUGGUUCCAGAACAAGCGCUGCAAGGACAAGAAAAAGUCCAUUCUCAUGAAGCAGCUCCAGCAGCAGCAGCACAGCGACAAGACGAGCCUGCAGGGCCUCACCGGCACGCCGCUGGUGGCCGGCAGCCCCAUCCGUCACGAGAGCGCCGUGCAGGGCAGCGCCGUGGAGGUCCAGACGUACCAGCCGCCCUGGAAGGCGCUCAGCGAGUUCGCCCUGCAGAGCGACCUGGAGCAGCCCGCCGCCUUCCAGCAGCUGGUCUCCUUCUCCGAGUCCGGCUCCUUGGGCACCUCCUCCGGCAGCGACGUGACCUCGCUGUCCUCCCAGCUCCCCGACACCCCCAACAGCAUGGUACCCAGCCCGGCCGAGACGUGAAGCGGCCCGUCCGCCCCGCCGCGGGACCUCCGCAUGCCUGCGCUCCCUGCAUGAGACACCCGGCCCCGGGCCGCUCCCAGAGCGCCGGACAAACGCCUUUGUUUUUUAAUUAUUCUUAUUUAAAAACAAACAAAAAUUAUAUUACUGUCGGCCAAAAAAGCACCGGGAUCCUCGCUGCCUUCACCAGACCGGAGAGA